UUUGACAUUUCAGACUAGAUUGUUUUUUUUUUAUUUCCCAAGUUUUUUUCGGUGACGGAAAAUUAAAUAAAUAAUUUAUUUUCAAUAAAACAAAAGGAGAAACAUAAAAUAAACAGAGCGCUAAGAGACAUACAAUUGUUUGCAAUUAAAUAGUAAACAAUUUAAGAGCAUUCUAAAGAGUCCACCAGUCCCAGUGAUAACAAGGCGGGGAAACAACAUGCUGAAAAUAGCUUCUGAGGGCUUAAUGCCUCGUCUGGUAGCCUGUGUCCAGGCCUCAUCAUCAGCCCAAAGUGCCUGUCAACGUUUGGCUCCCAUAGCUGUAUCGGCUACACAAAAGUUUCUAUCUCAAAGUCAAAUAGCAAAUAAAAAGUUUACCGUCAAAGAUCAUUAUGAGUUUGAUCAAAAGGUAAUCAACAGCGAUAAUCCCGUCAUUGUGAAUUUUCAUGCCGAAUGGUGUGAUCCCUGCAAGAUUCUUACACCCAAAAUGGAAGAACUUCUGGAGAAUUCCAACGAAAUCGAUUUAGCCAUUAUUGAUGUAGAAAACAACACAGAAUUGGUGGAAACAUUUGAAGUGAAAGCUGUACCUGCUGUUUUGGCUUUUCGCAACGGUGUUGUGGUAGAUAAAUUCAUUGGUUUAGUUGAUGCCAAUAGUAUAGAAUCGUUAAUAGAUAAAUUGAAGAAAAAAAAUCGCAAAACUGCAGACGCAGAAGAAAAAGAAACGAAAUAGUAGUAGUAGUAUAAGAGCAAAACAAAAAUACGAGAUUUCAUUAACGGGCUGUAAAUGUGUUUGUGUAUAUAUAAAACAGCACAAUUAUCCUUCAAAAGUAAAUCAAUUAAAAACAAAAAAUAAAAUUAGUUAUCAAUUUUACAAUACCAAACUUUUGAUGAAUUUCUCCGCAAAA